AUGUUGGCUGACGUGCCAGGCGGGGCCUUUGUACUGGCAUCAUGUCCUGUCUCGGGCAUAGAGCCUUUUGACGAGUUGGCCUUAUCUCAAGCAGCAACCUCAGAUGCGGCCACUCAACCCUCGAAUACAUCAUGUGAUCCCUACGAGCUGGCCGAGCUACUCAGGCCAUCCAUCCCAGUUCAUGUGGGACGCGUCCGCGUGUCUCCUUAUCGCCAGGAAGCUCGCCGCGAGUUCCCAAGACGCCGAGGAACGCCUGGCCCCGGCGGCCCGCGGAUCGAAGGAGCCGCCGCCGGCCUUUCGGCACUAUCGCUGAUCCACCGGGCCCUUGCGUACUAA